AUGAACGCCAGUGCGGUGGCAGCCACACCUCCGGCUAUCUCUAACACCACUCCCAAGUCACAUGUUAGAAGGGACACUACGCAUACAUUAGUAAUCGGGAGUCUAAAGACGUUUGUACUCACACAACAUGGCACCAAACAAGAUAGUCGUAGUAAGAAUGAUAUGGCGUUUCCUGUUCCAUGGCUCCGCAGCAUAGAAACAAAUAAUUCGAGCGGUAAUGUUGUAAACAUAUUCAUCCCAAAGCAGAAUCGUGCAACAUUGAUCAACGUAUCAUCUUGA